UACCGACAAAGCUAACCCUAAUUCCCCAUUUGAUCUUUCUCCUGUCAUCUCUGCGCUAACAAGCAUUCUCCAUCUGCCUUUCGGGAUCCUGCUCGGGGUCCCCCUGGAGAAUUUCUUCUGUUUCCGUCAUUUUAUCGAGUAGGCGGAAGUGGAAAAAGAAGACGACAAUAGGCGAAGGAGGGAGGGAGGGAGUAAGGCAAGUGAAAGAGAUAGAAAAUGGCCAACCUGGAUUUGCAGAUGAAUCCUCAAAUGGAGCAGAUCCAUGGAGAAAUUCGAGAUACUAUGCGCGCCCUCGCGAAUGGCUUUCAGAAGCUGGACAAAAUCAAAGACCCCAAUAGACAAAGUAAACAACUUGAGGACCUCACAGGGAAGAUGAGGGAGUGCAAAAGAUUGAUUAAAGAAUUUGAUCGUGAAAUUAAAGACGAGGAAAGCAAAAGUACUCCAGAGAUUAACAAGCAACUAAGUGAUGAGAAACAAUCCAUGAUCAAAGAGUUGAAUUCAUAUGUAGCCUUGAGGAAAACUUACAUGAGCACUCUUGGUAACAAAAGGGUUGAACUUUUGGAUGAGGGGCUCCAGGGAAGUGAGCCAACGGCUGAUGAGAAUGUUCAAGUAGCAUCAGAAAUGUCUACCCAGGAACUUAUCAAGGCUGGAAAGGACACAAUGCUUGAAACUGACCAAGCUAUUGAACGCUCUAAACAGGUUGUUCACCAAACUAUUGAAGUGGGGACACAAACUGCCACAACAUUAAAGGGUCAAACUGAACAAAUGGGCCGCAUUGUGAAUGAACUUGACACAAUUCAGUUCUCUAUCAAAAAGGCUUCCCAGCUUGUUAAGGAGAUCGGUAGGCAGGUGGCUACUGAUAAAUGCAUCAUGCUUUUUCUUUUUCUGAUUGUAUGUGGAGUUAUUGCGAUAAUUGUUGUGAAGAUUGUGAAUCCAAACAACAAAAGUAUUAGGGAUAUUCCUGGACUGGCUCCUCCGGCUCCAUCAGCAAGAAGAUUGUUGUAUGCACAGCCAGAAGGCAAUUUUGUGUAACUAGCUGUCCCAGAUAUGGCCACAUGUGUCUUCCAAUUUGAUUGUCAAUGAGGUAAUGACAACUCUAUGUGGGGCUGCUGCAUUUGCUUCUUGAUUGAGCUCUGCCUAUUUGUAUCUUCUCAAUGUAUAGUUAGAGGUUGCAUCACUCAUUGUUCAUAUGAGUCAUCGAUGUGGUUAAAUGUGGUACUUGGACCUUUAGAGUGAGUGAUUUGAAUGUUUAAUUUCUCCUUCAUUCUUGUAAAUCAUUUGUUGUCAUAACUUUCUGGCACUUCUGUUUAUGAGGAUAUGGUCUGAGUUGAUCA